UAAAAUAUAUAAUUUUUGGGUGUUUAAUUCGUUUCGAUCAAUCAAUCAUCAACAAAUACAUAAUUGAAGUCGGUAGUGAGGAAAGAGAGUGUUGCGCAGAGUGGUGAAAUGGCGACGGAGCCGCCGAUCUUCCAGGAAUCCUCUCGCUGCGAUGUCUGCAAAUGCAGCUUCUCAACCUUCCGCCGCCGGCAUCAUUGCCGAUGUUGUGGCCGAACAUUAUGUGCUGAACAUUCAUCCGAUCAGAUGGCCUUGCCACAGUUCAAUAUUUACUCAAAUGUGCGAGUUUGUGCUGAUUGUUUCAAUAAUGGCUCUAGAUUCAAGAAGGAUGGUGCGCCAGCUACUUCAAAUGAAGUUAAUGCUGUAACGGAUUCGAUUUCAAGAUUAGAUAUCGGUGCAGUUUCAGAUACCAAACCUGAAGUUAGUACCGGAAAAUCUCCUCUCCCUGAAGUUCCUGAAUGCAAGUGCGGAAUGCCUUUGUGUAUUUGUGAAGCACCAGCGCCUCCAAAGAAUUCUAUGACAUCACAGCCAUUAGCAACCACCUCAAAUUCCACACUUCACUCAAUUUCGAAACCGAAAAGGACAGAGCAAACUCCUAAGAGUAGAGGUUCAACGUCAAACAGUUGGCAAGGUACUCAAUUCAAUUCUGGUCAAGUUGCAAACGGUUCCGUGGAUAUAUCAUCUGUUCAUUACGAAGUUACUGGAGAGGGUUUAAGAGAAGCAAUAAAAAAUGGCGAUACAGCUGCUGUUAAGAAGCUUCUGAGUCAGGGCGUGGAUGCAAAUUAUCGCGACAAGCAAGGCUCAUCUUUGUUACAUUUGGCAGCAGUUUUCAACCAUACUGAGAUAGCUUUUGCCCUCAUUGACAAUGGAGCAAGCUUAGACUGCAAAAAUUCACAAGGCGAAACACCUCUGGAUUGUGCUCCAGCUACAUUACAGUACAAGAUGAAAAAGAAGAUGGAAGAAGAUGCACAAUCGGAUCGCAUAAAAAUGAUGGAAGAAGAUGCAUAAAAAUGAAAAACGAACUCCACGGAAAUGGUGUUUAAUUUCUAGAAUUGGAAAAUAAAACUGCAAAGUUGAGGUUUGCUGUAUAUUACUAUGCUAUCGUAACAACAAAAUAUAUGGAUAGGCACUUGUAGAAGAGUCUUCUCCACAUUUAACUAUUUAAUUUCCUAUCUUAUUCUUUUCGGGUUCCA